GCGGCCCCGCGGGGGGGCUCCGCGCCGCUGCUCCGCCUCGCCCUGCUGGCGUUCAGCUGCCUGUUCUGGGCGGCCGGGCUGGCGCUGCUGUCCCUGGGCCUCUGGGCGCACAUCUCCCUGGCGGACUACCUGCUGCUUUCUGCCAACCAGUACCCCAACGCCCCGCUGGUGCUGCUGGUCACGGGGGGCUCUGUGACGGCCUGGGGGUUCCUGGGCUGCCUGGGCGCGGCGGCGGGCCUCCGCGGCCUCCUGCGGGUCUACGGGCUGUUCCAGCUCGCCGCCCUGGUGGCUGGCCUGGCCGCCGGGCUCUGCGGCCUCUUCUACCGCAACGACAUCGCCGAGGGCUUCCGCAGCGGGCUGCACCGCGCCGUGGCGGCGUACGGCGAGGACGAGCGGCAGGCCGACGCCCUGGACGGCCUGCAGAGGGCGCUGGAGUGCUGCGGGGCGGAGGGCUGGCAGGACUGGCUGGCCUCCCCCUGGGCGGCGGAGCAGGCCGGCGGGAACCGGUCGGUGCCCACCAGCUGCUGCGUGAGGAGGAGGGGCUGCCAGAACAGCCCCCUGCCCCCCGGGGGGGCCGCCGCCGCCGCGGCCGCCGGCAUCCACGAGCACGGCUGCUUCCGGAAGGUCUUCGACCUCGUGAGCGACAACGUGUUCCACAUCGCGGCCGCCGCGCUCGGCCUCGCCGUCACCCAGGCGGUGGGCGUCGGGCUGGCCUGCCUGCUGGCCGCCAGGAUCCACCCCCGACCGCGGAGGAGGCGGAACUGAGGAAAGACAGCGCAGGGAGGGCAGGGAGGGCGCCACACACAGCUGCCAGUCAAGCCAAGGGCUUGCAGCACUGGGAAGGACCUGACUGCCCCCAAUGUCCGUCUGUUUGUCUGUCCUCCCCGCUGCCAGCCGCCGCCCAGAGACCGUGAGGACGAAGGGAUUCUGGGACAUAGCAGAAAGUAGAUUCACUGUUUGUCUGCAUGACCGUUUUUUUAUCCAUCUGCCUGCCUUUGGGACACCGAGCGCACUCCCCAGGUGUACCGGCAAGAGUUCUGUCCACGUGUCAGUGUGCCUGUCUGUCCGCCCGUCUGCCUGCCUGCUUGCCUGUCCCGGACGUAGGGACUGCGACCCAGACGCGACAUUCCCAAGGGGACGCUACAACACGGGAAUCACACCUGACGGAUCCCACUCUCUUUCCGAAAUGGAGAUAAUGACCGGCCUGUUUCUCAGGAGGGGCCUGUCCUGCAAACCAGACUGUCACACUCCCUGGGUGUAGGACAGGGAGCCCUGGGGCAUCUGGGAAUUUGUGAAGUAUGUUAAUGUCUGUGUUUGUGUGUGUGUGUUGUGUGUGUCAUCUGCAGUUGUUGUGCUAAUUCUGGGACUGUCUCGCUGUGAUGGGUGUCUGUGGGAACAGGGUCAGGAAAGCUGUGGUUUUCUGGACUGGUUGUGUCUGUCCUGAACAGAGAUGGGAGGGGAGGCUAUGCUGUGGGAGACCUGUGGAUCUUCUAUAAUUCUCAGUCAUAUUCCUGGGAAACCCCUGUGUCUGCUGGUUUUUACUCUAAUUGUACCCUUAUUCACUAGUGCUGUCUGGUGCCUGUACCUGAUCUGGUUUAGACCUUUUUUUGCACUACUGUAGGUGCUUGGUUUCGAAAAUAUCCUUGUUAAAAAUAUUACCAACAGCUUCAACACACAUAACCUCAACUUGGUUAGUAAGACUUUGCUCCCUUAUGUUUGAUUCACUAGCUUUUAAUAGGUGAUCAACAGACGAUAAACAGAGGUGGGAAUGAAAAUCUCAGACACUCCCUGAGAGAGUCCAUGCUUUUCCUUCUGCUCAUCUGCUGUUGGUCAUACUUCAGCCCCCACCCUCCUGGUCGAGGGCAGUCCUGGAACUCAUUUGCACAGGGUUCAUGCCAAUUACAAAUCUCAGUCAACUUUUUAAAGAGCUGGAAGCACAUUUAUUUAAAAAAUCAAAAAACAGAAACACAGGGAUUACCAAGGACCAGGACUGGGAGUUUCACUACGAGGGUAUUUUUAUUUUCAGCCAAAACUACUACUUAAGAACAACUCUUGAAAUUUCUAGGAAUGGGUGCCAAUUGAUUUUAGCUCUUGUAGGAAGCAGGAAAUACUGUCUUACCUCCGUAGUGCUGAAAGUGGGACUUCCUGUCUACCACACUUUUUACUUCCAGAAAGCUUCAAGUGUUUGGUAUGCCAAUUCUGUGCAUUCUUUGAACAAAACUAGCAGUGGGAUUGACGUCAAUGACUGUCUUUCGCUGCAGUAAAAGACACCCUCUUUUUGAAACUGGCUGUGACAGCCGGUGACGCAAAUGAACAGCCACGUUUUUAGCGAUGACUGCAAGUGAUUGUGAUUCUCACUGUCUGUUACCGUGCAAUAGCGUGUGGCUGAUUUCUUAUGCAGCAAACCCUCUCACCCUCCCUGCCUCAGUGUCUCCUGGCUGGCAAGGUCAGUAAACCCUACUCUCUCUCCUGCUCUCUCUCUGAUGUUCAUCUCUGUCAGCGGCUUCGCCACUGGGCUGUGAUCUCCUGCAGUGCUGUAGAGGGACAGGCAGGGAUUCACGUGCUGGAGCCCACAGUGACACAUUGAUGCACACUGAGAAAGAAUGAGAGUCAGUCUUUUGGCUUUGGGUUAGUGUCCACGUUGUCUCCCACCUCCUCCAGAUUCACCUCUGUAAAUACUGACCCCCCACCCCCCCCAUCCUCUGCUCUGAGUUGUGCUUUUUGGAAAACGGUAACAAAAUCUCCCCAGUUUGAUCAAGAAGAAUCUGAUGUGCAUCAGGGCAGGUGGUGUGAGUGAGAAGAGAGGAUCUCAGGAAGGCAGUAACUUCUUCUUCACAGCCCUUGAUCGGUUUAUUGCUGUUUUGCUUGCCUGGACAGGCUGAGCCGCGCGCCCUGCCUAACCACGUCCGCGGCAGGGGCCAGGGUGGUCUGACAGGACUAUGAGUUAAAGGGGGCGAGAGAGAAAUGAGGAAGGAAAGCAUUUCAUCCCACCUAAUCAUACUCUGUUAUGUAAGUCACAUUGUCCUUCCCCCCGAUGUUCCUCCUGAUCGCCCGUACAUUAUAAUCAUUAUAACUGCUCUUAUUAUGACCAGUGGUCGUGGAGGAAUCUGCAGUGCUGGCAGGAAAAUUUAGCACUGCUGCUCAAUGAGAGCGCUCAGUGAGGCACGAUGUGAUGCGAGACACGUGCUCAUUACAGCCCUGCAGUGAGACAUCAGCUGCCCUCUCUGUGUCUCUCUCCCCCCUCCCUCGCCUCUCUGAUUAAUUAACAGCCUCAUUACCCAUUUGCUGAUAAGCCCUAUAGCCAUUUGCUGCUCCAUUAGACGUUUAGACCAAGGGCUCCCCACUCGGGUCCUGGAGGAACAGACUGUGGUUUUUUUCUCCAGCUGAGUUCUUAAAAACAGGCUCACUGAUUUCACUUUCCUAUUUUCCCACUCGCCUGCAGCUCUUAAAAGGUCGAUCGGGGCUUGUACUUGUCAUCUGCUCUGUACCAGUUUCUGAGCUGCAGAGCUGCCCUCCUCCAGCAGCGCUCCCUGAAAUGUAACUGAUCAGACUUGUGCAGAAGGAGAAGCGCUCAUUGCGUCAUUCCCACCUCUACCUGCUCACCAGCAGCUGAUCGGCUACCAAGAGCUGUUCACUCUGUAAGGUGAGGAGAGGCGGCACAGCGUUCUACAUGCUGAACGUGUUGGGAGUGGUAACCUUGAAUUUGGGAAAUUGACACACGGGACUUGCAGAUGAAACAAGUUCAAUGAAAGUUAACAAGAAAGCAGAUCAAUUAAGUCAUCGAUCAGCACUGGAGCAAAGACUGUUCCUUCAGGAGCAAGGCUGGGAGCCAUUAACAGACUAUAGCUGUGAUAAGAAAUAUCACAGUUCACCUUUUUGGACUAGAAGCCCUUAGACUUCUUAGACUUUACCUCCUCCAUUGGUGACACCACACAAGAACGCAGUGUCUCAGAAUCAGGGGCCUUUCGGUUAGCUCGUUUUGUGUUUUUUCCCCAUAAUAAAUGCAAUUUUAAGUUUUUUUUUUUAACUUCGAGCAGGGGUCAGAAACACCCAGUGUUACUGGGAGAUAUUUUUAAGACAUUGUUGCCGAUAAUGACAAAACCAAUCACAAAAAUCCUAGUUGGGGCAGGAAACUCAAUUGAGCUGCAGCCCAGUGUGUGAUCUCCUAUCAUCACAGACUGAGGAACGGGGAGUGAGCUUCACAAAAAAUUGUGGAUAUUGUUCUAAAUGUUUGUAAAUGUUUAGUCAUUGAUAAUGCUUUGGUAACACUGUAAUUGAACAUGUCACGCCAAUAAAACUCUUUGAACUGAA